CUAGCGUUGGCAUUUGAUCGAAAAGAAUGUAUAGUCGAGUGCACCGCUUUUCGUGAGUAUAUCGAGUUGCAGAAGAAAAUAGAAAACGAAACAAGAUUUUAUACGUCGGUUUUACAAUACGAUAGUUAUACCAUAGUACAUUCUUUAAAUAGAACUUUGAAUAAAAUCGUAACCCUCUAUGUCUCGACGAUCGAAUAUAAGUGUCGAGAAACCGUUGGAGGUGAACCCUAUUGCGAAGAUGCACAAAAAUAGGGAGCAAUUUCAAAUGGAUUACUCUUCGUUCAAAACGGAAGUCAGUAAACGGAGGCGGUCGGCAGCCACCAGGGAAUUAACGAAAAUAGCGUACUCCGCGCCAAAAACCGUGAUUUCACUGGCAGAGGGAAUGCCGAACGAAGAAACGUUUCCUUUCACAGAAAUUUCUAUCAAACUUAACGAUGGAUCGUCUUUCAAGCUCGAGGACAGGGAAUUGGGCGCUGCUUUGCAAUAUAUUCCCACGCAAGGAUAUCCACCGCUUCUUCAGAGCCUGAGGGAGUUUCAGAGAAGGGCGCACGCACCUCCCUUGUGGGAGAGUCGCGACAUUGUGAUCGUCUCCGGAGCUCAGGACGGAUUAAGCAAAACUCUCGAGGCUAUAAUCGGCCCUGGUGAUCCGCUCCUGGUGCAGGAUCCUCUUUAUCCUGGCGUGGAAGUUGUGGUCGCCCCGCAUGAGGCGGAGCUGAUCGCCAUUCCCCAAGACGAGGAUGGCAUCGUUCCUGAAAUUCUCAUGGAAACGUUGAGGGAAAGGCAACUCUCAGGAAAGAAAAUGCCGAAGUUAAUGUACAUAAACGCAACCGGGUCGAAUCCCACCGGCGUUGUUAUUCCGUUGGAUAGGCGGAGGGAGAUCUACAGGAUAGCCUGCGAGUACAACUUCCUGAUCUUGGACGACGAUCCUUACCACUUCAUGCACUUUGAAGAAACGGAACCUAAAUCGUUCUUAUCAAUGGACACGGAAGGUCGUGUGAUCAGGUUGGACUCUUUUUCAAAAGUGAUCAGCAGUGGUAUCAGAUUGGGAUUCAUCACAGCUGCAACGCCACUGAUAGCAAGCAUAGAGCUUCACUUGCAGAGCAGUCACCUUCACGCGCCUACUUUAUCACAGGUGAUAAUAUACAAGCUGAUGAAAACCUGGGGGUACGACAGGCUAAUGAACCAUUUCAAGAGGCUAAGGUGUUUCUACAAGAAACGCAGGGACGUUAUCGCCGCUUUGGCUGAGAAACACUUGUGUGGCCUGGCAGAAUUCACGUUGCCUAAGGGAGGCUUCUUUCUGUGGAUCAAAGUUCAAGCCAUCAAGGAUACUUGGAAGAUGAUCAUGCAAGGAGGAGUCAAGGAAGGCGUCAUAAUGGCGCCUGGUGCAGCCUUCAUGAAGGAUCCUAGCAAACCUUGCAAUGCUAUUAGGGCGAGUUUUUCCAAAGCAACUUACGAAGAAAUGGAUAUGGCAUUACAGAGGUUGGCAAUGCUGAUUAAAGCCGAGCUGGAUGAUAAUUACUGAAUAAUAAAUAGAAAUACGUAGCGUUAAUAGUAGUAUUACAAUUGUCUAAGUACCAUAAAUAGCAUUUUUUAUACUACCAACAGUGACUAAGAAACGACCGUAUCGAUAACAUAGGAUGUUUGAAUGAAAUACUAUCUGUUGGUAAAAAUUGAAUCGCGUUAUCGAAUAGAGGUAACUUAUCGAUGCAUACUAGAAUAGAAGUUAAAAAAGUACUUUCAUAAAUGAUGGUACCGAACCCCAUAAAAAUAUUUUUCAUCUCGUCUUUUAGAGAAGACAGCAAAACUAAAGUUUGUACCGACGUUUACUAUUUAUAAUUGCCUAUUAUAAUAAUCCUUUUUUUAUCAUUUAAUGCGACGAAACCAAAUUGGCGAUAUUUCACGACAAUCCUGCUGGAUUCAUCCCAUCGUUCAUUCACGAGCUCAUUAUUAUUCAUUAUGUCAUCAACAUCAAUUUCAUAACUUGCCAAACAUCUAAUGCAAAUUUCGUAUGUACUUAAUUAAUGUAAACGAACUACUCAGUUUGCUCCUUUUAUAUUAUAUUUAUUAAUUAUCUUAUUCUUAAAUAUACUUUCUAUAUUUGACCGCAACACGCGCUCGAUUCCUUCUGGAAAACAAAAGAACGGGGAUACGACCCGACGCAUCAUCGCUAGAUGUUGGCCCUCUUAUACAUUAAAAUACAAAUGUAAUAUCCAAUAAUUAUCAUGGAUGUUUGUAAUCAUUCAUUAUUUGACGCGUGAUUCUAUCACAGAUGAGCGAAGCAUUGUGUGAAUAUUGAACUUCUUGUAAAAUUAUCUUUUUGUAAUAAAAUUUUGUUAACUGUA